UAGCAACAACGUCUUCAGAGAAAAUGGUAAACGAAGGAAAACGAUUAGUUUCCUGCCAUUGUUUCUUCCUGUUAACAGCCAAAUUCUGCUGGAUUCUCACUCUGAUGCAAAGAACUUAUGGUCAGGAAUAUGCCCACUCCAUCCGACUGGAUGGGGACAUCAUCUUGGGAGGACUGUUCCCUGUCCAUGCGAAAGGGGAUAGAGGGGUGCCUUGUGGGGAGCUCAAGAAGGAAAAAGGGAUCCACAGACUAGAGGCAAUGCUGUACGCAAUCGAUCAGAUUAAUAAAGACCCUGAUCUUCUUGCCAAUAUCACCUUAGGUGUCCGGAUCCUUGAUACAUGUUCCAGGGACACUUAUGCAUUGGAGCAAUCCUUAACAUUUGUACAAGCGUUGAUAGAGAAAGAUGGUUCAGACGUGAAGUGUGCUAAUGGCGACCCACCAAUUUUCACUAAGCCAGACAAGAUAUCAGGUGUGAUAGGUGCUGCAGCAAGUUCCGUGUCCAUUAUGGUUGCAAAUAUUUUAAGACUUUUUAAGAUACCUCAAAUCAGCUAUGCAUCUACAGCUCCAGAACUGAGCGAUAACACCAGGUAUGACUUCUUCUCUCGAGUUGUCCCACCUGACUCCUACCAAGCACAGGCCAUGGUUGACAUUGUGACAGCUCUUGGGUGGAACUAUGUGUCAACAUUGGCUUCUGAAGGAAACUACGGAGAGAGUGGCGUAGAGGCAUUCACCCAGAUCUCUAGGGAAAUCGGAGGUGUUUGCAUUGCUCAGUCACUCAAAAUUCCUCGGGAACCAAGACCAGGAGAAUUUGAAAAGAUCAUCAAACGCUUAUUAGAAACUCCAAAUGCUCGAGCGGUGAUCAUGUUUGCGAAUGAAGAUGAUAUUAGGCGAAUACUGGAAGCAGCCAAAAAAGCUAAUCAGUCUGGACAUUUCCUUUGGAUUGGCUCAGAUAGUUGGGGGUCAAAAAUUUCACCAGUUCAGCAUCAGGAAGAAAUUGCAGAAGGAGCAGUAACCAUCCUGCCUAAAAGAACAUCUAUAGAUGGAUUCGAUAGAUAUUUUCGGAGCCGAACACUUGCUAACAAUCGAAGAAACGUAUGGUUUGCAGAAUUUUGGGAGGAGAACUUUGGAUGCAAGUUAGGAUCCCAUGGAAAAAGAAAUAGCAACAUCAAGAAAUGCACAGGCUUAGAAAGAAUUGCAAGAGAUUCAGCAUAUGAGCAAGAAGGAAAAGUUCAGUUUGUAAUUGACGCAGUAUAUUCCAUGGCCUACGCACUACAUAACAUGCACAAAGAUCUCUGUCCUGGAUAUAUCGGUCUGUGUCCAAGGAUGAGCACAAUUGAUGGUAAAGAACUGCUUACCUAUAUCCGGGCAGUAAACUUUAAUGGGAGUGCUGGAACACCUGUUAUCUUCAAUGAAAAUGGAGAUGCUCCUGGACGUUAUGAUAUUUUUCAGUAUCAGAUCACCAACAAGAGUACAGAAUACAAAAUAAUUGGUCACUGGACCAAUCAACUUCAUCUAAAUGUAGAAGACAUGCAGUGGGCUAAUAGAGAGCACACUCAUCCGGCAUCUGUCUGCAGCCUACCCUGUAAAGCUGGGGAAAGAAAGAAAACCGUGAAGGGGAUACCCUGCUGCUGGCACUGCGAGCGCUGCGAAGGAUACCAGUACCAGGUGGAUGAAUUCACUUGUGAACUUUGCCCCAUCAAUAAGAGACCGAACGCCAACCGUACAGAUUGCCAGCUUAUCCCCAUAAUCAAACUGGAGUGGCAUUCCCCGUGGGCCAUUGUGCCCGUCUUCAUAGCUAUCCUUGGUAUAAUUGCCACCACCUUUGUCAUCGUGACAUUUGUCCGGUACAACGAUACUCCGAUCGUCAGGGCCUCUGGACGGGAGCUCAGUUAUGUGCUCUUGACUGGGAUUUUUCUCUGUUAUUCCAUUACUUUUUUAAUGAUUGCCACACCUGAUACAGUGAUCUGCUCAUUUCGGAGGAUCUUCCUAGGACUUGGCAUGUGUUUCAGCUAUGCUGCCUUGCUUACCAAAACAAAUAGAAUUCACAGAAUAUUUGAACAGGGUAAGAAAUCAGUCACAGCUCCCAAAUUCAUUAGUCCAGCUUCCCAGCUGGUGAUCACUUUCAGUCUCAUAUCCUUGCAGCUUAUUGGAGUCUUCAUCUGGUUUGCUAUUGAUCCACCACACACCAUAGUAGAUUAUGGAGAGCAGAGGACUCUUGAACCAGAAAAUGCCAGGGGAGUUCUCAAAUGUGACAUUUCAGAUCUGUCUCUCAUUUGUUCCCUUGGAUACAGUAUUCUCUUGAUGGUCACAUGUACUGUUUAUGCUAUUAAAACAAGAGGGGUUCCAGAGACCUUCAAUGAAGCAAAACCUAUUGGAUUUACUAUGUACACAACCUGCAUAAUUUGGUUAGCUUUUAUUCCAAUCUUUUUUGGUACGGCCCAAUCAGCAGAAAAGAUGUACAUCCAGACAACAACACUUACUGUCUCCAUGAGUUUAAGUGCUUCUGUGUCUCUGGGCAUGCUCUACAUGCCCAAGGUUUAUAUUAUCAUUUUCCAUCCAGAGCAGAAUGUUCAAAAACGGAAGAGAAGCUUCAAGGCUGUAGUAACAGCUGCAACAAUGCAAAGCAAACUGUCCCAAAAAGGAAAUGACAGACCAAAUGGCGAGGUCAAAACUGAACUAUGUGAAAGUCUUGAAACCAACAGUAAGUCAUCUGUAGACUUUCCCAUGGUCAAGAGUGGCAGCACUUCCUAAUAGAUCCUCCUCAACCAAGACAACUUAUGUCAGUUACAGCAAUCAGGCAAACUGAGCAGGGAUGAAUUUAAAUGGAAGACUUCCAGGAUGGGAUCUUGCAAAGAAAGACUUUACCAUCACCAGAAUUCAGUCCUGCAAAUAUCAGUAGUCUACAUUCAAAUCAAUAGUCAGUCUCCUAAAGAACAAGGAUUAAACAAGAGGCAAAAGGAAAAAAGAGACAAGGGAAGGAAAAGUCCAGUUUCAUAUCAUAUACUGACAGUGUCAAAUCUCUGAACUUUUCACUCACAAAAGGAAGCAAAUCACAAAAGGAAAACAAAUGUUAGCUUGUUAAAAAAAAAAAAAAAAAAAAAAGCUGUUGAAAUAAAUCAUGUCUGAUGUUAUAUUUGUAAGUACUUUUUUGUGAUUGUGACAAUUUCCUUUCCUGUCCUACAUUGUUCAACUCGUAAAAGAAGAAGAGUUUGUUUCUUGUGAUGGCUGACUGAAUUAAGUCCUGGGUUAUGCUAAAAUAAAUGCAAUGGUCAAAGCAUGCUAAUUUUUAUACAAAAUAAUUUAUUUCUAAUAAUAAAGGAAUGUUUUGCAAAUGUUGAGACUUGUUUUGUUGCAGUUUUAAGAAAAAAAAAAAAAAGAAGUCCUUACACUGUUGUCUAUUGUUUGUUUAGAAUGUGCAGUAAAGGUGGGUGUACAAAUAAAAUAAUAAUCAUGGCAUCAGAA